AUGUUCGCUAAGGCUAUGCAGACCUUCAACAACCAACUCGACACCAGUCAUCCGCCAAAUGCGUCCGGCUAUCCUAAGCGAGGCGGCAACGCCUUUUCUCCCAUCUCCAGCACCCUGCUGUGGGGCGUACAGUCACGUGCCGAGGAGGAGUAUCGCAUUGCCAGCCUCAAAGCCUACAACAUCAUCUACGGCGGCACAGGCGGCUUUGGCGACGUGGACACCAACUCACGGCAGCCCUACCAGCAUCGGGGUCAG